AUGGGCUCCAUAUUCAACAAUUAUGUCGAGAAAUGUCACUCUGAGCCACAGCGGCUGAAAAUUGUUCAUGUUGGCGCCGGUGCAGCCGGUUUGAUAACUGCCUACAAGGCAAAGAAUAUUCUAUCGAAUUAUGAACUGACUGUUUAUGAGAAAAACAUCGAAGUAGGAGGAACCUGGUUUGAAAACAGAUAUCCAGGAGUGGGUUGUGAUGUUCCGUCUCAUUCCUAUGCCUUUACCUUCGAACCCAACCCGGAGUGGAGUGGAUAUUAUGCCGGUGGACAGGAGAUUCAGCGAUAUUUUGUCAACUUUGCGAAAAAGCAUAAUCUGUACGAUUGUAUUCAGUUUGAAACUGAGGUGAUCCAGGCUACUUGGUGUGAAGAUGAUGGCGAAUGGGAAUUGGAACUACAGCGAAAGGACGGUACUCGCUUCCUGGACAGAUGCCAUGUUCUCAUCAAUGGCUCGGGGCCAUUAAAUAAAUGGAAAUGGCCAAAAAUUGACGGCAUCCACGAUUAUCGUGGUAUCCUCACUCAUACAGCCAACUGGGACUCCUCUAUUGACUGGAAAAACAAACGCGUAGCGGUCAUUGGAACUGGUUCGUCUGGUAUUCAAAUCAUUCCCCAGAUUGUCAAAGAAGUCGAAUCCCUUUCAGUAUUCGUUCGUUCCACGCAAUGGAUUGUCCCCCCAGCCGCAUUUCAAGACCUACGCCUUUUUCCUGAUGAGCCUGACAAGUCAGCCCCGCCCGCACCGGCCGGGAAGCAUUUCUUCACUGAGCAUGAGAAGAAAGUAUUCCGCACCGAUCCCGCACGCUUUUUGGAGUACCGCAAAGCCGUUGAUGGAGUUAUGCAGGAGCGAUUCCCGAUCUUCCUGCGUGAUCAUCCCAUGCAUGAUAUGACCACUGAAUUGAUCACCCAAUUGAUCAAGGCACGCGUGGGACCGGAUCGAGAUGAUCUUGUCAAGUUAUUCACGCCUAAAUUUUCACCCGGCUGCCGUAGGCCUACUCCCGGUGAUGGCUUCCUGGAAGCAUUGACGGAAAAUAAUGUUCGGGUCGUCACGAGCGGUAUCACAAGGUUUACCGAGAAGGGCAUCCAAACGGCAGAAGGUAAAGAGCAUGAAUUCGACUUGAUCAUCUGCGCCACUGGUUUCGACGUUGCUUUCGCACCACACUUCACUGUGACUGGCUCAAACGGACGGACUAUGCGCGAAGAAUGGGCAAAGUCCCCAAACAUCUAUCUCAGCAUGACCACACCAAACUUCCCCAACUUUUUCUUCAUUGGCGGACCAACGGGGAACUGGGCUCAGGGUUCCGUUUUGAUCACUCACGAGGUCCAGGCCGAAUACGCGCUUCAAUGCGCCGCGAAGAUCAGCAACGAGAAUUUGCACUCUGUGACACCUAAGCAAAGCGUGACGACACAAUGGCGACAACAUGUGGACAGUUGGCAUGAGGGGCAUUCUGUCUGGGCCGAAACGUGCCAGUCAUGGAUGAAGUAUAACGAACGAAUCCAGCUGUGGUCAGGAAGUAUGCUUCAUAUGAUCAAGACGCUCAAGACCCCUCGUUUUGAAGAUUAUGACAUCAAGUACCAGGAGGACAAUAUGUGGUCGUAUCUUGGGGAUGGCCGGACUGCGUCGGAGUUGAAGAGGGAACAGGGUCAACAGGUUGAUAUGGCGCCAUUUAUGAGAAUUCGAGAUGAGCCCUGCAUGUCUCAACUAUCCGGGUUUCCCACUCUCCGUCCCGCCUACAUUCUCAAGCUACAAGUAGGAGAGGGCCAGCCCGUUGGGGAAACAUCUUCAGGGUCGACUUUUGUCCACUAUAGUACCCCAGGCGGAUCCAUCUCCACUGUGGAUGGCUUUUCACCUAGCAUCGAUGCUGAGGUUGUCUUCGCCGGUGACUGGUUGUAUUUUGAUCCCGAUCAGCAGCAUAGUCGGAUGAAUGUCAAGGGUGUUGCGAAAACAACCGAAGGCGAAGGCAUCAACUUUACCUAUUCGGGCGUCUCUAAAGUUUCGCCCGACUUGGCUGGCAUUUUCCAAGGACAACCGAAGACCAUCCCAUUCGGCCUGUCAACCAUGAAUCCCACUUUUGAAGUCGGCAGUCCUCGUCUCAAGGAGCUUGAGAAUAGCACUUGGGUUGGUAAUGGUCGAUUCCUACUGGAGGGAGACAAGCUAUAUGUGGAAGUGCGCAUCUCGCAGGUUACUGCCAGUGAAGAUAUGGAUUAG